AUGACGAAAGUUCGACAAAAACGUGAAAAGGUUACGACACGAUUUCAAAUGGCUAACAGUAUAGAAACAACACCGAAAUUAAUAACACAGUCAAAGGCACUUCAACUGAAACAAAUGGCAAAACAGAACUGCAAGGCGAACAAUGACGAUAAAUUGGCUAAAUCGGUAUUGGAGCAUUUGAUGUUUUCAUAUGAUCGUAAAACGGUACCAAUGGCGAAAGGUGUUGAUGUUAAGGUUGAUCUGAUGGUUCAGGCUAUUUCCAGUAUAUCCGAAAUGACUGCUAGUUUUACUGCAGAUGUGUUUUUUAGUCAAAUUUGGCUCGAUCCUGGAUUGGCAUUUGAAAAUAUCACUAAAUGUUUGGCUAAUUUAACGCUCAGCCAUCGUACCAUUGAUGAUAUUUGGUUACCCAAUGUAUGUUUCCAAAAUAGUAAAUCUACCUCAAUACAUAGUAGUCCAACACCAAAUAUAUUUCUGAUGAUUUAUCCCAAUGGUACAAUUUGGGUUAAUUAUCGAGUUAAGGUAGAAGCACCGUGUGAAUUGGAUAUGUCAUCGUUCCCGAUGGAUGUACAACGAUGUACUAUGACUUUCGAAUCUUAUUCCUUUAAUGUUGAUCGGGUACGACUGGAUUGGUUUGAAACAGCUGUUAUUAUCGAUUUGCAGGGAAAAUUGCCAGAUUUUGAACUGACACGAUAUACAUGGCAGAAACAACAAUUUUAUUAUCCUGCAGGACAAUGGGAUCAACUUAAAGCAACUUUUUACUUUCGCAGAACUUACGGUUAUUACAUUUUGCAACUAUACAUGCCAACGUAUGCGUCCGUCUUCAUUAGCUGGAUAGCGUUCUGGCUCGAUCCAAAAUGCUUGCCAGGCCGGGUAACCCUUGGUGUAUCUUCACUGAUGGCGCUUACUUUUCAGUAUGGCAAUGUGGCGCGAAGCUUACCUAAGGUUUCCUAUGUGAAAGCAAUGGAUGUUUGGAUAUUUGCAUCUAUGGGCUUUAUAUUUUUUUCGCUGGUUGAAUUAGCUAUUGCUGGACAUGUAGACAAAAUGACAAAAGAUUGCCAAGAGGAAACAUUGGAGAAAAAAUCGAAAUAUUACAGGCGUGAGGUAUCAUCACAGGCAUACAAAGCAACAGCGAAUACAAACGAAGUUGACGAACUAUGGAAGAUUUGCUAUCGUGAUUCGUUGGGUGAUGAAAAUAUAUCGAAGUGGCCAAAAUCUAAGUGGACGGCCGAAAAGAUUGAUAAACUUUGUCAGCUCAUUUUCCCAUUAUCAUUUAUUUGUUUCAAUUGCUUUUAUUGGAUGUAUUACACCAUGGAAUCAUCGAAAAAAAUGGAAAGAUUAAUGGAUGAUACCAACUUCACUGGUGGAUCUUUUCUAUAA